CAAUCUCAGGCGGUGCGGCGAGAAUACGGAAGUGCGGGACUUGGCAGGAUAGGGAUGCCACUCAGAUCAAUGAUGCACAGGUUUGAAACUGGAACAGAACGUCCCUAAAGCUUGCUUCCAGGGAUGGGUAACAGAGAAGAGGUGUUUACCUUACAGGCGUGACCCUUUCAACAGAACAGGAUACAUCUGAAAUGUUCAACGUGUCUUUUCUCUCUGUGGGUUCCUGAAGGAUAUCUAGCCUGUUACAACAAUGAUUUCUGCACAAGCUGCCUGUGUCCUGCUUCUCUGUGGAUUGCCGCGUGUGCUUGGCACAGAAUCCAAGUCCCACAUUUCUGUUGUCUUAGUCGGGGCCACGGGGGACUUGGCCAAAAAGUACCUGUGGCAAGGUUUGUUUCAGUCGUAUGCAGAGCAGCUUGGUGGUGCCCACAGCCUGAGCUUUUAUGGGGGCACCCGCCUCAGCUCCUUGGAAGCUUCACCAGUAAUGUACGAGAUUCUGAAAGGCCUCUCCUGUUUGCCAAAUGUGCCGUCAGUGAAAUGCGUGCUGCUCAAGGAUCAGUUUCUGAAGUUGACCCAGUACCACCAACUGGACACUCAUGAAGACUACUCCGCUUUGAACAAGAAGAUCGAGGAGACGCUGGCCCAAGAGGGGCUUCGGGAGGAAGGCCGCCUCUUCUAUCUUUCUAUUCCCGCUUUUGCCUAUGCCGACGCCGCGACCAAGAUUAAUGCCACCUGUCGGCCGCGGGGAGGGUCCUGGUUGCGUGUUGUCCUGGAAAAGCCCUUUGGACAUGACCUUCAUUCUGCCCAGCGGCUGGCCGAAGAGCUGCAGAAGGUCCUCCGAGAGGAGGAGAUGUACAGGAUUGACCAUUACCUGGGUAAACAGGCGAUUGCCCAUAUUUUGCCAUUCCGACAUGACAAUCAGCAUUCCUUGGAUCCCAUUUGGAACCAGCAUCACGUUGAAAGAGUGGAAAUCGUCAUGAAGGAGACUUUGGAUUCUAAAGGUCGCACGAGUUUUUAUGAGCAGUACGGUGUCAUUUGCGACGUUAUUCAGAACCACCUGACGGAAAUUCUGACCUUUGUUGCCAUGGAGACCCCAGCAAACAUCAGCGACUCAGAGGAGAUCCACAGAAACAAAAUGAAGGUGUACGCCAGCUUGGAGAGAUUGGAGAAACGGAGCGCAGUCACCGGCCAGUAUCAAGCGUACAUCUCCGAGGUCAGGCAGGAACUCCGGAAGCCAGCUGAAUAUAUCAGCACUGUGCCAACAUUCGCUGGUGUAGUGAUGUUCCUGGAUAGCCCUCAGUGGGAUAAUGUGCCUUUUAUACUGACUGCUGGAAAAGCUCUGGAUGAAAGAGUUGGUUACGCUCGAAUUCUGUUCAAAAACAAAGCCUUCUGCCUCCAAAAUGAGUCCACAAGAAAAGCUGGAUUCAAUCAAUGCAGGCAGAGACAAAUAAUCUUUUAUGUUGGCCACGGAGACUUGAAUUUUCCAGCUAUAUUGGUGAGUAAAAACCUCUUCAAACCAGUGAUCAAUGCAUCAAGCUGGAAACAAGUGACGGAAUUUCCCGAUGUCCAGAUGUUUGGAAUUCCCUUAUCGGAUUAUUACAUCUACACUCCCGUGAUGCAGAAGGAUGCUUACGCAGUAUUAAUACCUCAAAUUUUCCAGGCCAAGAGGGACUCUUUCAUCAAUACCGAGGAUCUUUUGGCAUCUUGGAAAGUCUGGACGCCCUUACUGAAAGAGCAUUCCAACGUGAGCCCACGUCUUUAUCCAGGAGGGGCCCAAAACGGAGAUCUAUUGGACUUCACAGUAGAGGGGAGGGUGGUAUCUUUCAGUAGGUCAGACCCUGUGCAGAUCAUUUCGGAGAGUCCUAGCCUUCAAACUGUGAGUGACUACAAGGCUAUAACCUCGGCUUUCCGAGGGAACACCUUGGUGUCUGCAGGCACAGAGGACCUGAUCAUGACGUUGGCCUCCCACCUGCACCAGAAAGCCCAGGACGCUGUGCAAGAGCGUGGGAUCUUCCACCUUGCCGUUUCAGGGGGCUCGAGCCCGACUGACUUGUUCAGGAGGUUGGCCGUGCACCACUAUACGUUCCCUUGGAAACGCACCCACUUUUGGAUGGUGGAUGAGCGGUGCGUCCCAUUCGAUGACCCCAAAUCGAACUUCAGGAGCUUGCAUGACAACCUGCUGAAGUACUUCAGGAUCCCUUAUGUCAACAUCCACCCAAUGCCCGUUCGCAUGAACCAACGGCUGUGUGUCGAGGACGACCGUGGCGCAGAUCUCUACGCCAAUGAGAUUGAAAUGCUGGUCAAUAGGACAAGCUUUGAUUUUGUUUUGCUGGGGGUGGGCACUGAUGGCCACACUGCCUCACUGUUUCCCAGCAGCCAGGCUCUAACCCAUGAGGGAAACCUGGUUCUGUUUACAGAAAGCCUGGCCAAACCCCAUCAACGGAUGACCCUUUCUCUAAGUGCAAUCAACAAGGCCAGGCAUAUCGCUGUCUUAAUAACAGGGAAGAUCAAGCACCCGCUAGUGGCGAGGAUAAGCAAGGAGGUAGAGAAAUCAGAGAAAUGGCCCAUUACAAUGGUUCACCCAUCAGGUGGUGAACUCAUUUGGUUUAUUGACCAUGACGCACUCUUUGGCUGAUCAAGUUUCAUCACAGUUAACAUCUUCACCGCCUGCCAGUUCAGAACUUUGAAUGUAGCGAAUUCACUGAAGUCACUCUGUUGAAGAAUUGAUAUUUUCAUUUUUACUAUGGGAUAUGGGCUGUUAAUUCUGGGUGUGACUAUCAAAGCAGCAAACAUUUUUAGAAAAUUUUAACAAGCAAUAAGUACAUCAGGGUACGUUUUAAUUCAUUUCUACAGUUAUAAAGAACCCACUCCAUUUCAUUCUGAAUAUUUUAACCGAUCUGUUUGGACGUAUGCCGGGAGCAGGUAGGUCUUGAACCCAGGCCUCCUGGCUCAGUGGUCGGGACACUACCGCUGAGCCACAAGCAGUCUUUCAUUUCAUUCUGUUGAUUGUAACUGAAUGAGACUUGGAUGUGUUCUAUAGCUAGACUGGUAAUUCACUUCAUUAGAUCCCUACCUCCAGGUGGAGAAACCAAACAGCUCUCCUGUUAUUAGGUAAUUAAUCCACAAUCUUUUGUACAUUUUUAGAAAUAGUGACACCUCUGAGUGUAUGAAUGAUUGGUUGAAAUAUUGAGUGGUCAUGUCACAGACAACUGUGCGGAUAGCUUUCUGGUGUCAAUGCCGUGUAAGAAAUGAUGAUUCAUCUCCAAACCAGCUGGUCACAAACAGCCUCCCAGAUCUAUAGGCAUGUAUUUUCCCUGAACGUCAGCCAAGUGUCUUUUUACUCAGGUAUCCUUUUCGAAAAGAAGACAGGGGCAUUAACCACAGAGACUGUGCCACAGAGUGAGAAGAAGCAUAUAAACAUAUGUUGCAAAAUACAGGGGCUAUUUGGAAUUUUCUUUCUUCCCCAAAUGUGGUGCUUGUAGCAGAACCUUCGCUGAGGUCCUGCUAGUCUCACUAAAAGUGCAAACUUAAUUUACAUGGCCUUAGCAAACCUCACUGUCACGGAUUACAUCUUCAACACAGGAAAAUAUUUUAGUGGUGAGGAAGGCACCUUCCUUUGGUGAAGAAAAUUUCUGGAUACCAGCUCUGGUUUUGUCAUUGGAGGUUCCAGCUGUAAUUCUGACUAACAUGGAGACAGAGUGUUGGAGCCCAGAAAGACAUUUAGUGAAGGAUAGAACUGGAGCUAAUCUGUACACACUUUCACAUCCAUCUGCAGACCAGCUCAUUAUGACCAUAUACCUAAAUCAACAACAGUUUUUCAGACUGCGACUAAAGGGAUGUAAGUGUCAAAGUCCACAAGCUGCAUACAUACAAUUAAACAUCAUCACUAUAGGGUUAACAUUGAGCCUUGUGAUAAGGGGAGGUUUAGGUGGGAAUGUAGAAUAAUCAGAAUGGCAAUGAUCUUCUUGAAUGGUAGAACAAACUCAAUAGGCUGAGUGCCCUACGUCUCCGGAUAUGUGUGUGUAUGUAUGUGUGCCACAGACUUUGUAUUUAACUUUUUACAGUUAUGAUUCCCUCAUGUGAUGUGUGCAUCGGUGGCAAGGCUCAAGCAUUAACACAGGGCUUGAAACACCAGUGGAAUGAAACUUGCUGCCUGAACAUUGUAUUUUUGCACUGAAUGUUAAAGAGGCACUGAACUGCCAGUUUGUGAAUAAUUGUGGGAGGCCAACAGAUCACUUCCCUUUACCACACUGUAUGAAGAACCCAGCCAACAGAUAUUUCUCCAAAAGGGAGUUAUUUAGAAAUUGCCCAUUUUGGUAACAGUUUUAAGUUAAUUUUGAAUUGUCAGCCUUUUUUCUUCAUGAUACAAGGUCCUUUCUUCUUAAGUUGUUCCCAGUUAACUUUAAUCCUGGAAUAUUCACUAAUUGUGAUACAGUGUACACAAUGAGAUGAUUUGUGGCUUUGCCUCAGUUCAAAGUGCCUCUCUUUUUGAAGAUCCCUGAAUUGUGAAGUUCAAGAUGUUCCCACAUGCUUGACUUUCUAAUGUUGCAUUGUACAAGCUUGUGUUUCUUAGAGCCUAACUUAACUGCUGCAUUUACUUGUAUAACACUCUGCACUUCAAUGUUUAAUAAUGUGUAGGAAAUGCUUUAGGAUGUCACAGAUUUUUUAAAAAAAAUCAGUAUUUAUAUAGCACCUUACGCUGUCUCAGGCUAUCCUCAUGUGCUUUACAUCAAAUGGAGCACUUCGAAAAGUUAGACAUGUAUUGUAUGAUACAUGGUAGCCAAUUGUGAGAGCUUGCUGUGUACAAGCAGUAAUGUGACAAUGUUUGGAUAAUCUGCUUUGUGAUGAUGGUUCAGGGAUGAGCAUUGGCCUGGGGCACUGGAAAUCGAGCCACAGUCUUUGAGCCCCACCGUGGAGGAACAGUCAAAGGUUUAAUUUGAGUGUCAGUGUGGAUUGUGUACUCUUGUCUUUGAACUAUCAAUCUUGUAAUUCAGAGGCGAGAGUUAAUACUUAACUACAGCUGACUGGGAAACUAAACACAAACAUGUUCCUGAGAUAACACGGGGUGAAGCUGCAUGAACACGGCAGGCCAAGCAACACCAG